AUGGCUGCAGCUGUCAGUAUCGAUGAUAAUUCUCGUUUACCAGAAAAUGUUCUGGAAUUAGAAGGAGAUGAUUUCUAUCGAUUUACAAAAAGUAUGAGUGGUGCAUUAUUGACUGAAGUACUUAAAAUACAGGAUAUUGAUUCAGUUUUUAUAUUUUUACAAACAAGUGAUAUUUUUGAAAUAUUCCAACAUGAUUCUACAAUAUUACGAGAUUUGAAAUCAAAAACAGGUUUCGAUUCAAAUGAUGGUACAUUUCAAGUCAAACUUGGUUUAAAAUUGCAAUACGAAUAUUUAUCAAAAUUAUUGAAAUCAAAAUCAGAUCAGAAAUAUACAAAAUCAUCGUCUCUUACAUUUGAAAAGAUUGAUAUACUACUUCGAAAACAUCCAAUUCUUCUUUCACUUCUCAAUUUCUAUGAGAAUGAAAAUACAACAAAUGAUCAACAUGAAUUUUUAUCACUAUUUAUAAAUACUAUAACGAAAAAUUUAUCUUUAUCUAAUACGAGUCGAUAUAGAUAUGAUGACAAAUUGAAAAGUUUUGCCGUUUGCUUGUACAUACUUGGAGGAAAGACAACUUAUGAGUUUGUCCGGUUAAAUUUGCCAGGAUCAUUGCCAAAUCUUACAACAAUUCAUAGUUUAAUACAAAAUAAUGAUGAUAAUUUAACAGAAGGUAAAUUUCGAUUCAAUAAAAUGGCAAAGUAUCUCAAUACUUUCGGUGUUCAAUAUACAUAUUGUGCAGAAGAUUGCACAGAUGUGGUGCGACGGAUCAAAUACGACACGCAUACAAAUAGUUUUAUAGGUUUUUCAACUCCUCUAUCUGGUGGUGUACCAUUACCAUGUCAUUUUAAAACAGAUUCAAUCUCUGAAUUAAAGUUGUGGAUGGAUAAAAAUGAAAAGGCUCCAAUAUUGAACAUUCAUUGUGUUCAAGCUGUUCCACCACCCAAUCAAACAGUAACACCACCAAGUUUUGUUCUCGCUAGCUAUGGCACCAGCAAUGCUGAUAAUAAAUAUUUUCGUGCUAUGCGUUUGAUGUCUGGAUUCUAUGCAAGCUUAUCGAAUUUUGAUGUACAUGUUGAUUCUUGUAUGUUUUCAAUUCAAACUGGUAAUUGGUCUUGGUAUUUUUUAAGAUCUGAGCAGCUUUUCGUGUUUAUGCAAGAUGCAACUCACCUGGUCACAAAGCUAAGAAACCGUUUAUUAUCUGCAACAGCAGCUUUACAAGUUGGUGAUAAAUGUAUAACAAUGAAACAUUUACAACAAUUACUUGAUAACGAAGAAAUGAUUCGGCUAGAUCAUGGAUUGACACAAAGUGAUCUAAAACUAACAGAUCGUCAAAAUUUUCGUUCUUGUUUGAGAAUUACAUCUUGUGAUGUGUUAAAUUUAAUAGUUCGUGAUGAUAAUUCUAGUGGAACUUACAUGUAUUUAAAAUUGAUAAAAUUGAUCAUAACUUCGUAUAUCGAACCAACAAUCUCAAUUGAAGAACGUAUGUUUCAGCUUCAUUAUUCAGGUUCUCUUUGA